GCGGGUUUGACCCGGAAACGGAAGCGGCGAACACAUGUUGGCGCGCGGAGCACGUGUAGCCCCGGAGCGACCGGGAGUCGAGCUGGGAGCGAAAGGGGUCUCGGGCGGUUCGACUCUUGCCUUCGAGUCGCAAUGCAGGUGUCCAGCAUCAACAACGUGAAGAUCUACAACCUGAACAGCGGAAAAUCUCUGCCUGAGUGGCUCACAGACCGCAAGAGGCGAGAAUUACUCAAGCAAGAUGUCGCCGUACGCAAGCGAAUCAACCUCAUCCAGGACUGGGAGAUGCCAACCGUGUGCAACAACAUCCGCGUGUCGCGGGACGGGCAGUACCUGCUCGCAACAGGAACCUACAAGCCACGGGUGAGGUGUUAUGACGUCAAUCAGCUCUCCAUGAAGUUUGAGCGCUGCAUGGACUCAGAGGUGGUCACCUUUGAAAUCCUCUCGGACGAUUACUCCAAGCUGGUUUUCCUGCAGUGCGACCGAUACGUGGAGUUCCACUCUCAGAACGGCAUCUACUACCGCACGCGCAUCCCCAAGUUCGGACGCGACUUCGCCUACCACUAUCCCUCGUGCGACCUCUACCUCGUAGGAGCCAGUUCCGAAGUGUUCCGCCUGAAUCUGGAGCAAGGCCGUUUCCUGAAUUCAUUUCAAACUGAUGGAUCAUCCAACAAUGUGUGCGGGAUUAAUACGGAGCAUCAGCUGUUUGCCUGCGGAACAGCGGAGGGCAGGGUGGAGUGCUGGGACCCACGUGACCGUACACGUGCCGGAGUGCUUGACUGCGCCCUUAGCAGCAUCACACCUGAUACAGAGGUUACCGGCAUUCCGGCUAUUUCAGCACUCAAGUUCCACGGAGCCCUGAACAUGGCUGUGGGCACCAGCACUGGGCAGGUGCUGUUGUACGACCUCCGCUCGGCUCGCCCGCUCCUCGUCAAGGACCACCGCUUCGGGCUGCCGAUCCGGAACAUCGAGUUCCGGGACGACCUGGACCUCGUGGUGACGGCCGACUCGCGCAUCGUCAAGAUGUGGAACCAGCACACGGGCAAGAAUUUCACCUCCCUUGAGCCCGAGUACAACAUUAACAACAUGUGCCUCUACCCCAACUCCGGGAUGCUCUUCUUGGCGUGCGAGGCGUCCAAGAUGAACACGUACUACGUUCCGGCGCUGGGCUCAGCCCCGCGAUGGUGCUCGUUCCUCGACAGUCUGACGGAGGAGCUGGAAGAGAACCCGGAGAGCACCGUCUACGACGACUACAAGUUCCUGACGCGCAUCGACCUUGAAGCGCUCGGUCUGACGCACCUCGUGGGCUCUCCGCUACUCCGCGCCUACAUGCACGGCUUCUUCAUCGACAUCCGCCUCUACCACAAGGUGAAGGCCAUGGCGAACCCGUUCGCCUACGACGAGUACCGCAAGCAGAAGAUUCGAGAGAAGAUCGAAGAGGGCAGAGUUCAGCGAGUCCAGACCAAGCGCCUGCCCCGCGUCAACGCCGACCUCGCCCAGAAGCUGCUGGAUGACGAGGAGGACGAGGCAACCUCCUCUCGAGCCCUCAAGCGCAAGAAGGCGUCGGUGGGCAGCAUCCUGCAGGACGACCGCUUCCGGUUGAUGUUCGAGAACCCAGACUUCCAGGUGGACGAGCAGAGCGAGGACUUCCGCCUGCUCAACCCCGUGGUGUCGCGCGCCACUGAGAAACGCAAACGCAAGCGCAAGGGCAUGGAGCGAGAGGCAGAGCAAAGGAAAAUCUCCGCCACCGAGGAGAACGACUCGGAGCCCGACGGCCGCUGCAGCUCGGAUGACAGCUCGGACGACGAUCGCUCCUGGGUCCCCGAAGUGCAGAGGCAGUACAAGCUGCUUCGCCUCGAGGCGUCCGGCAAGGAGUCGCGGCGAGGGGCGACCUCCGGCCCGGGGUCUGGUGGUGGUGGCCGUGGAAAGACAGACGUUUCGGGAAGGAAACGACCGUGGCAAGGCAAUGAGGAAGCCGAUUCUGCUGCCGGGACGAUGACGGCAAGAGAUCAGCAGCAGCAGCAGCAGCCACGCUUCUACGAAAUCCGGCAAGGAGUGGAAUUCAACAGCUUCAAGGAUGCUGCAAAGAAGCGGAAAAGCCUCACGUCCUCGCUUGCCGAUCGGGUGAAGGAACAGGAGUCUGAUCUUCCCGUGGGCCUCGCACACUCUUCCGUGGGCAGCAAGGAGUUGACUUUCCGUCUCAAGAAGUCGGAGCGGGAGGAGCGGCGCCACACGGCCGAGAGACAGCACCACCGCGAGCGGAAGGAGCUGCGGCGCUCGGCUGGGAGCCUUCCAGGGACGGCGGCUCGUGGGGGGCGGGGUGGGUGGCGGGGAGGCAGGGGGAGGGGUGGGGGGCGCGGAAGGGGACGAGGUGGGGGCCGGGGCAGGGGUGGACCUCAUUGAGGACACAGCAGGCGAGCGCACACGUGCAACAAAGUAAAUAAAUAAACGCCCCCCCCCCCUCCUUCCCAUAUUUGUGUCUCCGCAUAAAAAAAUAAAGUUUUUACAUAACUGAUCGGCCGCCCGGCCUUCUGGGAGUGCGUCUUAUCAGCAGAGUUGGUUCUUGAUUCAGUUCAAGCAAACUAAAUCGUUUUCAACAUUCUGUGUCUUAUCAGUAGUACUCAGGCUGGCUUUUGAAUCCUUGUAUAAACCUGUACUCCCCUGCACACACAGACAAUAUGGUAAUACAAUGCGGUUUUUAUAUAUAUCAACCGCAUGUGAAGACUCCGAAUCUACGCACCUCGUCUCACCUGCCUGCACAACUCACCUCUACACACCUGACUCGUGUGUGUACAACCAAGUCAUCUGUACUAAGCUCACCUUUUAUAUAACUGACCUGUAUACAGCUGGCUCAUUUAUACAAGCACAUUAACACGUUUGGCUCUAGUAUGCACACAAAUACAAACAUCCCCCUUAAGGCCUCAAUAGACGUUUGGGGAAAGUGCUGUUAGGGAGCACCAUGCCUGACCACCUUUGUCUCCCCAGUGGCAAUGUUUACACACCGCACCAUGUACUCAUUUGAGGCCGACUCGACUUUGGGAAGGCCUGGGACCGGUUAAAAUAAUUAUCACUGGUGUUUGCCGUGAGCUUGAAUUGAACUCGUGUAUUUUAUUGGUAUCGUAUUUCCUGAUGAAAUAUGAACGAAAUGACGUGAAAAAUAUUUUGAAGGUCCAAUUAAAUAGCUGCAAUGAUUUUCCUGUACAGAUUAAUGCAGCAUGUGAAUUAUCAGUGUUGUAGAUUGUGAAGCUGCAAUGAACGUUGAGUUGACUUGCUAAUAAUUUUCAGUCAAAUCCAAUGAGAACUUUAAAGGAAUCCUAUUUGUACUGGGAUUGCAGCAAUGCACACGAUACAAAUCAAUACCAUAAAAUUCUACAAUCAAGUUCCAAGUAUAAUUAAACGUUAUGGGAAACUGAUAUUGCCAUAAUCGUCACGUGAAAAUGUUAUACUUUCCCGUGAAAUACUGCAGCAACCCCAGUAUAGUAAGUCCUCGUUUCGCGUGUUAGAUGUGUUCCUGCAGAGUGCCGUGGAAAGCGACCGACACGUUCAGCGAAAACAGUUUCCCCACAAUGUAACAAUAAGGUUUGCCGAGUUCCGAUGUACACACGCGCACACAGAGAUGGCGUGACAAAUAACUGAGGGUACGCCACCGCGUUACUGUAUCGCAGUACUCGGCUACGCAGCUCAAUAAAAUAGUUCGUCGUUGACCACUCAGAAACCGCGUUUUAACGGGCGUAUUCUGCAUUAUAAUUACGGGCAGGGAAGAACGGAAGAACGGCGAAAUAGCGAAAACGCGUUGUGAACAUGCGUUAAGCGAGGACUUGCAGUUCUCGUAAUGCUCAUGCGAAGACAUCGCCUGAAAUGGCUGUAGACGAGCCAGUGUCAUUGAACUAUGGGUGCGUAAUCCUUGUUAUCUCGGUCAUACAUUUAUAAACAUUUGUACAAAAUAAAAUAAAAAUUUAGUGUUCAA